AUGGCCAAUUCCACGCUCCCUCAAGCUUUUUCUGUGGGUGAAUAUGACGUCGUGACAGGACUCACGUACAUUACACACCAACGUGGUCGAUUGCUAUUUAAUAUGGGAUCCAGUACCAAGAAACAACAGUAUCGAGAGUCUACUACCUCUUUUGUUGUAGCUAAACGGACACUUUCAACACCACGACUCCUCACUGGGCCAUUCACGGGAUUAUCACUUUACCCCGAGGAAGCUUAUUAUCUCUUAAAACGACAAGCAUUGGUCAUCUAUCUCGUGACUUUACACGACAUAGAGCGUCAACCAUUAAGUAUUGUAGAGUUUACAACAAUCAUAGCCAAUGAUACACGUGUAUCCCUUGCUUGCUUGGAAGUUUAUGCGUUUCUAAAAGACGAAAAACUCCAUCCACGACGAUGUCUCAAUCCUUUGAAACACUUGACUACUAGUAGUGAGGAUAUGCGAAGUCUUCCUCGUCAUAUGAACGACAUUGAGCCUUGUGACGUUGCAUUUGACGUCUGGAAAACGAUUGUACUGGACGAUUUACCGUCUGAAAUGUCCAUUGAGGUCGAGCAAGCAAAGACAGGAAUCACCAUGCAUGUGACUGGAGAUCAAGAAAAGAAACGCAAGCACAAGAAAACAUUCAUGCUUGUCUUUCGUGUGGCUGUAUGUCGUUUUGAAGAUGCGGCACCAAGUCUACGAAGUUUUCGAGACGUGAUGAGACGUAGUAAAGCUCGAGAAGAUUUGAAAAAUGCAUCCUUGGACCACGUGCCUGUGAAAAUAGCUGUCGUCCAUCAUGAUCAGAGUGUACUAAUGUAUGAAAUCAGCAAUGUUUGA